CUCCUGUCUGUGUCACGUUCAUGUCACUGUCAGUGCGUCCGACCAGAAGCAGUCGGUGCUCGAUUAGUUGAGUCUGCUGCAACCAUGGCAGACCAAGAGGAUAAUGUUACCAUUCCCAAGUUCGACUGCCUUCUCCAAAUGGAUCCCUAUCUCAAAGCGUACGAGAAGGACUUCAAGCGGAGGUAUGAGCUGUUCCAGAAGCAGCUUAUACUGCUGGAAGAGGUAGAAGGAGGCUUUGACCAGUUCACACGCAGCUACUAUACCCAUGGUGUGACGCGGCGCCCUGACAACAGCCUGUUCUUUAAAGAGUGGGCUCCAGCUGCAGAGGCCCUCUUUCUUACCGGUGACUUCAAUGGCUGGGACAAAUUCUCCCACCCUUACACCAAGAAAGAAUAUGGCAAGUGGGAACUGACUCUACCGCCCAAGCUUGACAAGUCUCCAGCUGUGGAUCAUAACACCAAACUCAAGGUGGUAGUUCACACCAAGGAUGGUAAGCGACUGUACCGGAUCUCACCAUGGGCAAAAUAUGUGACCAGGGAUGAGGGCCGUGUCAUCUACGACUGGGUUCACUGGGAUCCCCUACUACCUUAUAUUCAAAUCCACCCUCGGCCAAAGAAACCCACGAGCCUGAGAAUAUAUGAGGCCCACGUGGGCAUCGCUUCACCUGAGGAAAAGAUUGCAUCAUACACCAACUUCAUAACCAACGUUCUGCCUCGUAUAAAAGAACUGGGUUACAACUGUAUUCAGCUGAUGGCUGUCAUGGAGCAUGCCUACUAUGCAAGUUUUGGGUAUCAGGUUACAAGUUUCUUUGCUGCUUCCAGUCGCUAUGGUACCCCAGAGGAGCUGAAGCAGCUGAUUGAUGUGGCUCAUUCGAUGGGCAUCGUGGUGCUGCUCGACGUUGUUCACAGCCACGCCUCCCAGAACACUGAGGAUGGCCUCAACCAAUUUGAUGGCUCUGACUCGUGCUUCUUCCACUCACCUCCCAGGGGGGAACACAAGCAGUGGGGCAGCCGCCUCUUCAACUACUCCAGUUGGGAAGUGCUGCGGUUCCUAUUGUCAAACCUGCGCUGGUGGAUAGAGGAAUAUCGCUUUGACGGCUUCAGAUUCGAUGGAAUUACCUCGAUGCUGUACCAUCACCAUGGCAUCGGCAUCUCCUUUUCAGGGGACUACAGCGAGUACUUCGGCCUACAUGUGGACGAAGACUCUUUGACUUACUUGAUGCUCAGUAAUCACAUUCUUCAUACCCUUUAUCCUGACUGCAUCACCAUUGCUGAGGAUGUGUCAGGGAUGCCUGCUCUCUGCAGAGCAGUGGAGGAGGGAGGACUUGGUUUUGAUUACCGACUAGCUAUGGCCAUUCCCGACAAGUGGAUUCAGAUCCUGAAGGAGAAAAAGGAUGAGGAGUGGGACAUGGGCAAUAUUGUCCACACACUGAUCAACAGGCGUUACGCAGAGAAAAGCAUAGCCUAUGCAGAAAGCCAUGACCAGGCUCUGGUCGGGGAUAAGACUCUGGCCUUCUGGCUGAUGGACAAGGAGAUGUACACCAACAUGAGCACCACGGUUCCCAUGACAGCCGUUAUUGACCGUGGCAUGCAGAUCCAUAAGAUGAUCCGCCUCAUCACUCAUGGUCUGGGUGGAGAGGGGUACCUCAACUUCAUGGGGAAUGAGUUUGGCCAUCCUGAGUGGCUGGAUUUCCCCAGAGAAGGGAACGGGAACAGUUACCUGUAUGCCCGGCGGCAGUACUACUUAGCGGAUAUGGACCUCCGCUACGGUCAGCUCUACGUCUUUGACCGGGACAUGAACCGUACCGAAGACAAGUACGGCUGGCUGGCUGCCCCACCUGCCAACGUCAGCGCCAGCCAUGAAGAGGACAAGGUCAUUGUGUUUGACAGGGCAAAUGUGCUCUUUAUCUUCAACUUCCACCCCACUAAGAGCUACCAGGGCUACAGGGUGGCUGUAGAAAGUCCAGGAAGAUACAAAAUCAAGCUGGAUACAGAUGAGGCUCUGUAUGGAGGUCAUGGACGGCUGGACCACAACACUGAGUUCUUCACUGAGCCUGUGCCCUUCAAAGGUCAUCCCAACUCCAUGCAGGUCUACAUCCCCUGCAGAACAGCUAUUGUCCUGGCCAACGCGGAGAUAGAUUACUGUUAUUAGAGGGUGAUUGUCUCCACAGAGACCAGGAUCGAGAAUGGAUUCCAACCCCAAACUGAGUGUUAACAAUCACCUUCGUCUUAUAGUGUCAACCUUGCACACCACCCAGUCCCACUUUUUGUAUGUAAGUCUUUUUGUAGAUGGAAAAAGCAUUGUGAGCUUUUCUGCUUUCAAACACCAUCUGCAACCUUAGAUGCUGUGUAACCCCAUUUACUACAGAUCGGGCCAUUUGGGAAGCGUCCAACCUAACCAGCAGCUAGAUGCUAAAACUCAAAGCCCUGCCUGUCGAGUCCAUCCGCUACUACACAGUAGUCAUUUAUAGAAUCUGUUGAAUUUGGCGUGUCAUCUGAAAACACAUGACCAGUAACUGUAGCAGAGGAAAGCAAUACAAGUGUUCAUUUAUUCAUGCAUGGUAAAACCUCAGAGACAUUUUUUUUUUUAUUUCAUAAAUGUUGAAAUACAUUUGACUUGGUUUUAAUUAUUUUGUAUUUAAAUACAAAUAAUAUUAUAGUCAGUGUCAAAGACACAAAGAGAUUUACUGUAUUACCAGCACUUGAAAAUCUAAACAUCUAGGUAUUUAUUCACUGGUAAUCCAUCUUCGUUAAUUUGCAUUGUGAGACAUUGUAUAAAAAUAUUGCAAUUUGCACAAAGUAAUAAGCUGCUUUGAAUUAUUAUACUUCUAAUGAGUAUCUAAAGCAAUUGUGUUGUAAUGUUUGAAUUUAUGCAGCUACUGGGAACAUUUAUGUGGUUAUUUAUGGCACAGUUAUUAAGCCAGUAAUUUGCAGCUAAACAAAGUGAUAAAAUCACCUGAUUUAGAUUGUUCACAGUGUGUCGCAUAAUACACAUUACACAGUAACCAUUUCAGCUGAAUUAUAGGUUUUUUUCUCCACUUUACAUAAACUAAUGCACAGUUUUCUCUACUGUAGAUCACAGAUGUAGUGUUUGUCAAAUUCACUGCACUUCUGCUAAAUUCUCAAAUUCUACUAAACACUGAUACUGAAGAUUGACACAUCAUUUUGUGUGGGAGAAAACAGUUUUACCGAUAUGACUCACACACACUUGGCUACUUUAAGGUACUAUGAUUUAUGUGCACCAUGUUCAUUAGUUCUGUAGUGCUCCCCUGGGACGUUCCUGAAAAGCACAGAAGCAGCCUACAUUCACACAGAGAAUGACGUGCCUCCUCCAAUUAGCUGUGACUUAUGUGACUUUUCUCUCAACGUACUUGAUGAUUGAACAUCUCAAAGAACAGCUGCAAUGUUCAUUUUGUGUUCCCCCAUAGCUGUUACGUGAGAAGGUUGUUGAUUAACUAAAAUUUGGAAAAACUGUAGAACAUCAUUGAUCGUUGGUGACUGUUUUUAUGUCUUCUGAACUCACUCACUCAGGCAAAAUGUGCAAUUCAUUAAAAUGGUCUUUCGUGUGACAGUUUUCAUCAUAUUUUAAGGUUAUGUUUAGCAAAUGACUGUGAUAAAAAAAGACUGUUCCCAUCAUUGUGUGUUGCCUGUUUUCAAGCCUCCCUCCAAAAGUCUCUUGUUCCAUAUGAAUGGAUGUCUUUUGACUAUUUUCAGUAUUCUCUGCACAUUUGAUCAACGCAGUAAGUGAAACAAGAGCUGACUUAGGGCACCGUAAAUAAAAGCUAAUGAUUUACUGCCAUAGGCACUGUAAUACUGUGAUAUACACCUACAGCAUUAGUGCAGAUUCUUAGUCAUUUAAACCAGUGUAUUUUAUAUAUGCUAUACUGUAGCAUACUGUAUGGCAGGUUUUGAUCUACCUCCCCUGCAGCUGAAGGAAAAACACAUUUAUAUUCAGGGCCAUCCUCCUGUGUUUAGCCAAAAGUAUCAUGAACAUGUCAUUUCUUUUUGUAUAACACCAAAGCAUUCAAAAACGCCCUUUCCCACCUCUCAAAAAGUACAGAGAUGAUCACUCUGCAUAAAUUUCAAGCAACGAGGUUACGAGACUGAAGUGGAGUGUUUAAUCAUCCCUCAUCUGACCCAAUGUCAUUGUCGUUUUACCGCUGCCAAAAUUAAUUGUCUGCAUUUAUUCUCAAAAGUAAAAUUGAUGUCUGAUGCACA